AUGAUGCCAACUAGUCCAGAUCUUAUCAACCACAUCGAAGAUGCCGCACAAAAUAAGUCAUAUUGGGAAAUUUGGAUAAGUGGCUGGAAAAAUGUCCAUUUCGAGAUUUUUCGAAAACCGGCUAUUCUUGACCGAGAAACGCAACUGCAGGAUUUUUACCUGGUUUCAGGUCGCCUAUUGCAGGUGCUCGUUGGCCAACGGCCACUGCGUGUCGUCACCGCCACCGCCACCGUCGCUGCCGCCGCCGCCGCCGCCGCCGCCUCCGUCAUCGCCGCCGCUGCCGUCGGCGCGUGCCUCCGGGAAAUGCGCAUUAAUAAUUCAGAGGCUUCCGAGAUGUUUAUCCCGAAGCGAACGGCGCGCAGCAAACGGUGGGCGGGUGAGCUGGCGGGGCACGGCGUGGCGUCACGUGGCGAAGCGUGGUAUAUGCCAUGGCGGCGAUGGCGUGGCGUGGGGUUGCGUGGUGUGGCAGAGCGGGGCGGUGAACGAAUGAAGGGCAUGGGAGGCUUGGCGGGGCGGGGCGUGGCGUGGCGGGGCUUGGUGAGGCGUGGUGAGGCGUGGUGA